CUUCGUUAGCUGAUAUUUGUUUAGUCAUUCAGAUAGUGAUUCACGUAGAGAUGAUUGCAACAUGGAGAAAAAAGAGAACAGAGAAAAGAGUAACAAAGAGAGGAUUUAUGAAGAAAACAAACAUGGAGUUAGUGAUACCAAGCCAAUUUACAUGUCCAAUUUCAUUAGAUUUAAUGAAAGAUCCAGUGACUUUAUCAACAGGGAUUACGUAUGAUCGAGAAAACAUCGAAAAAUGGAUAAAUGAAGGUGGGAAUCAAACAUGUCCUAUCACAAAUCAAGAACUGAAGUCCUAUGGAAAUGGCAUUGUUGAUCCUGUUUUAAUUCCAAAUCACAAUAUUCGAAAAAUGAUUCAACAAUGGUGUGUCGAAAAUAAGGAACAUGGGAUUGAUAGGAUUCCAACUCCAAGAAUCCCGAUUUCAUCAUCUGAUGUCUCUGAAUUACUCGCGAAAAUAACAAACUCGAGCAAGUUAGAGAUGGAGAAAUCAAGUUCAUGUGAAGAAUUAGUCACUAGUGUGAAGAAUUUAGCUAGUGAAAGUGAUCGAAACAAAUGUUGUUUCGUCACUAAUGGCAUAGGAAAGGUGUUAUCAUCAGCAUUUCUUGAACUAUCAAAGGGAAAAAACGCGAAAAAUGCUUCAACAGAGGAAGUGAUCUUGUCAACUCUGACACUUUUUUUGCCUUUGGAUGUUAAGUCCAAGACAAUUCUUGGGUCGAUAUCAUCGUUACGUAGCAUUGCAUGGUUCUUGAAGAAUGGGAGUUUAUCAAGUAGGAGGAAUGCAGUUGUUGUCCUUAGAGAAAUUAUGAAAUUGGAAGAACAAGAAAAGGUUGAAAUCUUGUUGAAUAUUGAAGGUGCAUUAGAAGGGCUUGUGAAGUUGGUAAAAGAGCCAAUUUGUCCUAAUACUACAAAAGCUUCUUUAUUAACAAUUUAUUAUAUGGUUAAUAAUUCAUCAUCACAAUCAUCAAGAUCAAGAUUUGUAGAUGUGGGGUUAGUUGAAAUGUUGAUAGAAAUACUUGUGAAUUGUGACAAAAGCAUAUGUGAAAAGGCAUUAGGUGUUUUGGAUGGUAUUUUGAGGUAUGAAGAAGGGGUGAAAAGGGCUUCUAGUUAUGCACUUAGUGUGCCUGUUUUGGUGAAGAAAUUGUUGAGAGUUUCAGAUUUGGCUACUGAAUUUUCAGUUUCAAUUUUAUGGAAGAUACUAUGCAAGAAUGAAAAUAAUGGAGAUUGUGGUAUUCUUGUUGAAGCACUUCAAGUUGGUGCAUUUCAAAAGCUUUUGGUGAUACUGCAAGUUGGUUGUAGUGAAACAACAAAAGAGAAAGCUAGUGAGUUGUUGAAGUUGUUGAAUGUGCAUAGGGAUAGAGCAGAGUGUGUUGAUUCAUUGGACUUCAAGAGUCUCAAAAGGACAUUUUGAAACGAUGUCUUUGAGUUUAGUAUCUAGUAUCUAGUAU